AUGGAGAGGCGACGCUUUUUAUCAGCAAUAGUGGUAUUUUCUCUUCUAGUAAAUGCUCUAUGUGCUCCUACACCUGUACAUCGAUUGAGAAGAGACAUCGACGAUUUUGAGAAUUCGAAUAAUCUCGAAAAGAAUACUGAAAAUUUAAUUUCAUCGACGUCUACUAAAGACACAGUUAUAUUAGACAAUCAAAGUUCUUUUGAUGAUGACGACGACGACGAUGAUGAUUUUGAUGACUUUGGUGAACCAGCAUCUAGAUCAAAUGGUGGUGGUGGUAGCAACAUAUUCAGUCUUUUGAAAUUAUUGCCUGCCCUGUUCCCUGGUUCAAGUUCCUCCAGUGUAGCAUGUAAUUUAUUGGAUACAAAUCGUUCGCGAAACCAAUUGUUUGCAUUACCACUACGUCGACAGUUUGUGGAUGACGAUGAUAAUAAAAUAGGCUUCAUAUCUGUUUUAAAUCCACCAUCACAAAUGCAACAGAACGACGAUAUAAAUGCCUCUAUAAAUUCUGACAGUAAGUCUCGUGAAUCGGAAGAUGACAAGGCUCAAGAAGAAAGCGUUGAAAACAAUCAGGACUCAGCUCCUAACUUAGCUUCGGAUGGAGAUAACGACAACAAUUCAGAUUAUGAUUUCGACGAGCCCCCCGGAGGCGGUGAUGGUGAAGGAGGGGGGAUUUUAGGUCUCUUAGCAGGUCUAAGUGGCGGAGAGAAUGGGCAGUCAGAUUUAGGUUCUCUUUUGGCGACAGUCAGUGGAAUAGUAGUAAAUCUGAGUGGCGAUGGCAUUGAUUUAAAUAGUCUUAUUGCAUCUGGAAUUGGAUUGUUUGCUGGACUGUUGUCAGAAGGCGAAGAAAAUCCGGGGUCAGUUAUCGCUAGUUACCUUUUAACUUCAUUGGAUACAAUAACGGGCGGAGGAGCGAAAAAUAAUGGCGCUUUCUUCGGAAAUUUCCUUUCAAAACUAGUGAAAGGCACAAGUGCUGGCGGUGACCCGGAUGCAAACGCUGAAGAAAAUGGAGAAAAGGAUUCCGCGGGAUUUUUAGCUAGUUUACUUAUGUCUUUGUUGGGUGAUAUGUCUAAAUCAAGUUCAGGUGGCAGUUCUCACCCAUGGUGA